AUGCUCAGUAGAAUUAAAGUUUUUCUUGUUUUGCUGUUGGCACUCAUAUUACCACAAAAUUUGAUUAGAUGUCGAGAUAACAAAAAGAAUUUUAAAAUAAAUAUUGAUUUUGAUGGAUACAGUUUUAAAAAGAUUUUUGACGAUGCUAUUAAAUUUCCAUCUGCCAUUGAAUACCUGGUAGACACGAAUAAUCUUCCGGAUGUAAAUUUUCAAGGAAAACUUGUGCAAUAUGCUGGAUUACUGCCUGUAUUUGGAAGUGAGAAUCCCAACGAUAAAUUAUUCUUUUGGUAUUUUGAAUCAAAAAAUAUACGUUCUAACGAUUUGGGCCAGGAUGGUGCUUCUUCUGUAGCAAGUUUACUUGCCGAACAUGGUCCUUUCUCUGGUUUUGACAGGCAAGCAAAGAAACUUACGAAUAAUCCAAACAGUUGGCAUCAGGAUGCACAUAUUGUUUAUGUGGACCAGCCUCUCGGAGUUGGUUUCUCCAAUUUGGCCGGACAUUCAAAAGUCGAGGAUGAAACCCAAGUUGGCGAAACAAUUUUCAAUUUUCUAGUAAACUUCUUUAGAGUAUUUCCGCAUUUGCGUAAUAAAGAUAUUUAUCUCGCUGGUGAAAGUUAUGCUGGUUUUUAUAUUCCUUAUGCAGCAGCGUCUAUUAUUAAGAAUGGAGAACUUGACAAGAGAAAUAAGUUUCGUUUAAAAGGAAUUUCCAUAAGUAGUGCAACAAUUGAUCAAUAUUUUCGCCAAGUGGUUGCUGCUGUUAUUCCAUACGCGGAAGAGCAGAAAUUAAUAAAUUCCACAAAUCAGGAAUUAUUACAAGGUCUAUUAGACCGAUGCAUGCCAACUAUUGGAAAUACAAAGUCAUCAGAAGCGACCGGAAUUGAUUAUACUUAUGGUUUUGGAAAAUGUGACGUAGCAUAUGCUGCGCUUGGAAUUAUCUAUAAAUCAAAUCCUAAUCCACCACCUCCAUUUCUUCUUGUGAAUAGUGAAUUCGAUUAUAAUGCAUUUCUUCAAAAUCCAAAAUUACUCGAACAAAUUCAUUUGCCAGCCAAUUCAUCUCCUUGGGAACUAUGUACUAAUAAAGUCUUGAAACCUGAUAAUUCAUUGGUAGCCGUGAAUAUAAUUCCAAGUUUAACCGAGCAUAUUAAAGUCGUGAUUUGGAGUGGAGAUAAAGACGCCUCGGUUACUCAUAUUGGAACAGAAUUCGUUAUUGGAAAUAUGAGUUGGGGAGGUGAAACUGGAUUCAAGAAUAAUGAAUUACAGCCAAUUUUCGACGAACAAGAUAACAUAAUUGGUAAAAUACAUACAGAACGAAAUCUUACCUAUGUAUUGGUACAUGAUGCUGGACAUCUAGUUAACAUUGAUCAACCGAAAACAUCACGUUUUAUCCUCCAAAAAGUGGUUCUUGAUGAUCCGUUAAAACUAGAAAAACUAGAAAAAUAA